AUGCAGAAUUUGGUUAACAAUUUAAUAUCCAUUGGUGCUGGACGGGAAGCAGCAUUCGCAGCUGCUGUUUUGGGAGACAAUGCUCUCAUGGAGAAGGCUUGGCAGGAUACUGGAAUGCUUGCUGAGGCUGUGCUUCAUGCCCAUGCUCAUGGGAGACCAACAUUGAAGAACUUGGUUCAGGCAUGGAAUAAAAUGCUGCAAAAGGACGUUGAGCACACCCCAUUAGAAAAAACGGAUGCUGUUGCAGCAUUUUUGGCUUCUCUGGAGGAACCCAAGCUUACAAGUUUAGCAGAUGCUGCCAAGAAACCACCAACUGAAAUUCUUCCUCCAGGGAUGCCAUCUCUUACAGUUGCUAUGGCUGUUCAAAAGAAACCGCCUCCAGGGGCCCAGAAUUCACAGCAGCAACCGGGCAAGCCACUGCUGUUAGAAGCAGCCCCUGCUACCACACCACCCCUUCAAGUGUGCCACAACAAUCUGAAUCAGGUGAACCAACUUCAGACAAUAAUCCCCCUGUUUCAUCAACAGACAGUAAUCCAGCUCCAGUUGCUUCUGGAGAAAGUGUCCCGGAAAAUUCUAAGAAUGAUGUGGCACCAUCAGACACGCCAUCAGAUGCGCCACCUCAAACCUCACAAUCUGAUGCCGCAUCCCAAGGCCCACAACCUGAUGCAACCCCAUCCCAAGCGCCACAACCUGAUGUCCCAUCCCAAGCGCCGCAACCUGAUGCCCCAUCCCAAGCGCCGCAACCUGAUACCCCAUCCCAGGCACCGCAACUAGAAGCCCCAUCCCAGGCGCCGCUACCAGAGGCCUCAUCCCAAGCGGCGCAACCAGAGGCCUCAUCCCAGGCGCCGCAACCAGAGGCCUCAUCUCAAGUGCCGCAACCACAGGUCCCAAUCCAGACACCACCAUUACAAACCCAACCCCAGGUGCCAGCGAUUCAGGAAACCAAACAAGCAAGAUUGCCAAUAAGUGAUGAUUGGCUUAAUUACUAGAAACCUGUUGUAGCUCAGGUGACUGGCAGAUAUUUGUGAUUUUUUCCAGAAGCUCCAUGGCAUUUGUCGUAUAAAGGAACCACAGUGGUCUAACUAUUCAGUUUGGUGGCAAAGUGAGAUACCAUUCUGAAGUAGCAGUAGGUUUGUGUAUAAUUUUUGUUCCAGUAAGCUUUGGCAUGUGUUUGUAUUAUCCAGUGUACUAUCGAUUCGUUAGCAUCUUCUCUCCUUUUGAUGUUGAUAACAGAUAAAUGAGUUGAUGAGGUUGUAAACAGGCAUUGCAUUUGGCGGCUUUAUCCUUGUUCCAAAAUA